AUGGCAGCGUAUCCCUUACCAGAGGGGUUCAGUGAUGCUGAUAUGACUCUCUUUGGCACCGCAUUGCUUGUUGAGGGUCUUCUGGGUUUUUUCCUGAACUCCAUUGCAGCACUGUCUUUUAUACUGAUUAAAGACCAACGAAACCCCAGCAACUUCCUGGUGUUCAAUCUGAACAUUGCUGAUCUUCUGCUUAAUGUUAAUGGACUCAUUGCCGCCUAUGCCAGCUAUCAAAGAGGUUGGCCCUUUGGUGUGGACGGAUGUAACAUGCAUGGAUUCCAGGGACUGGUUGCCAUUUUUGCAGCAAUCUGCUUUGUUGCACUUGUAUCGUGGGACAAAUAUCACUACUGGUGUACUCAACAGGAAUUCUACUGGGCCACCUCUGGGACCAUGGUCGUGUGUGUCUGGGUGGCGUCCAUCUUCUGGGCGUCUCUCCCUCUUCCCUCCGUCCUCGGCUGGGGCGAGUUUGACUUUGAGCCCAUGAGGACCUGCUGCACACUAGACUACACCAAGGGAGACUCGAGCUACAUCUCCUACAUGCUAACCAUCACCGUCUUCUAUCUCCUCGUCCCAUUGCUGAUCAUGCACAGCUCAUAUGACUCCAUCUACGCAUACUUCAAGAAGACCCACAAGUUCAAGUUCAACACGUACAUUCCAGAGGCGACCCUGUUGGCAACCUGGGGCCCAUACGUGGCCAUGUGCAUCUAUGCCUGCUUUGAGAAUGCCAAACUGGUUUCCCCGAAGUUGAGAAUGGUGCUUCCUGUGGUGGCAAAGACGUCCCCGAUAUGGCACGCUCUUCUCUACUCCUUCACCAACGAGGCCUACAAAGGAGGCAUCUGGCAGAUGCUGACGGGCCAGGAGCCCGCCAAGAAGAUCAAAUCCAACUAAGGAUACGUGACAAGAGACAAGAGGAAACGAACCAGCACCUCCACUGUGACUAACUACACCAUGACAGGCCCAAUCAUAACAUAGCCUCCAAAUUACCACAGCCCCAGUACAGGGUGUGUAAAAAUGAGUACAAUUGAAAACGUGUAAAAAUGUGUUUUAGAGUUGUGGCUUCUGGCUUUUGCCCCUGACUUUAACUGUGACUGUUACUCCAUCUUGUAGUCAUAGGCACAUGUUUUCUGAGAAGAAAAAAAACAGACUUGGGAAUGUUUUGUUUUAUCAAUUACAACAGGCUAAUGACUGAAAUGGGCUUAUUUGUGUCUAAAACGCCAUUUCAUGGCUUUUUGUGUAGCCUCACAAGUUUACCUCUGUACAAACAAAUACUAUGUGUGUUGCAUGGGC